AAAACAAAGUAGGGUGCCCUUGUCCAGGUGCAAUUAAGGCUGGUCGACCCUCUUUUAUAGUCGGCCUCCUUGUCAACAGACUCAACACACAUCCACACAGCAAUUGAAGGUUGAUCAGAACGGUAGCUAUGGUGCAGCCCCUCGAUUUUCUAUACCCCUCCUCUUUCUUCAUCACAACCAUGUCCAUCGUAAGUUUUUUAAGUGUAUCCUUCUUCGGAGUCCUGGAAAUUCUAGGGAUUCAUCUUCAGUAUUCCAAAUUAUGGAAUGCCAAUUCCCGGAGAAUCAAGGUUUCCAGCACAGCAGGCAUGCUUUUAUUGUACGCUCCGGCUUGUCUCUUUGGCUUUGCUUCCUUUUGGAUUUUCCCGGAAAAUGAUUUCCGAUCUCUAUUGGUGGCUUCUGCUCUUACGAUCCAUUUCUUCAAGAGGGUUUUGGAGAUUUUGUUUGUUCACAAAUACAGUGGUGGGAUGGUCCUGGAUUCUGGCAUCCUCAUCUCUCUCAGCUAUACCCUAUCCACAGCAACCAUGAUCUAUAUCCAGCACUUGGUCCAAGGGUCCAUGGAGCCAUCUAUUGAUCUCAAGUACCCUGGCAUUCUACUGUUUUUAGUGGGAAUCUAUGGUAACUUUUACCACCACCUCCUCCUUUCCAGACUGAGGAGAAAGGAUGAAAAGGGCUACAAGAUUCCUAGAGGGGGUCUCUUUCACUUAGUUAUUUGCCCACAUUAUCUUUUUGAAAUUAUUGGCUUUAUUGGGGUAUCCUUCAUUUCUCAAACAUUAUAUGCAUCCUCCUUCACACUAGGCACAACUGUGUAUUUGAUUGGAAGAAGCUAUGCUACUAGGAAAUGGUACCUUUCCAAAUUUGAAAAUUUUCCUAGGGAGGUCAAGGCUCUGGUUCCCUAUAUUUUCUAGGUGUACAUGGUGGGAAAUUUGAUAUUUGCUGAAAAAUAUUUCAUCUUAUGCUCUCAUUAUAUGUGGAACUAUGCAUUUGUAUGUUUAUAAUAAAGUUGAAUGUUUCCAUGGAUCUGGGCUA